CACCAUCACCGCGGGCGAGGGCCGUCCCUUCCCAGCGACGAAAUGACCCUUGCGCUGACGACCGUUACCUACCACACUCUUCGACUGCCCGGGACUUAGACCCUCAGUAGCUCGGGCACCUAAGCACACAGAAACCUAGAACACGCAUUUCCGGGGCGGGGUCUGGCCACUCUGCCUAUAAUGUGAGAAUUUAACUAGCGCGGGCCGCCUCCCGGUCGCUCAGUCUUCUGGGUAAGUGAGUCCAGAUCCGGCCCUCAUGCCGGGGCGACAAGCCCUUAGAAAACUACAUAGCCCCGAAUGCAUCAGCGUCCGCUCCCCCUCCCUCACACGAACACUACACUUCCCGGUAUGCACUUUGCGCCGCAGUGUGUGCUGGGAUGGGAACCACGCCGGCUCCCCAGCCUCAGUUCCCGGAGCCGGCGCGGACCUUUCAACCAGAGCUCUGUUAGUUCUCUGGCCGAGACUCUAGCCAGCGAUGGAGGUGGCGGCUAAUUGUUCCCUACAGGUGAAGAGGCCUCUGCUGGAUCCCCGCUUCGAGGGUUACAAGCUGUCUCUCGAGCCGCUACCGUGUUAUCAGCUGGAGCUUGACGCAGCUGUGGCAGAAGUAAAACUUCGAGAUGAUCAAUAUACCUUGGACCACAUGCAUGCUUUUGGAAUGUAUAAUUACCUACACCAUGAUUCAUGGUACCAAGAUAGUGUCUACUACAUUGAUAACCUUGGAAGAAUCAUGAAUUUAACAGUGAUGCUGGACACUGCUUUAGGAAAACCACGGGAGGUGUUUCGACUUCCUACAGAUUUGACAGCAUAUGACAAUCGCCUUUGUUCAUCUAUCCACUUCUCAUCUUCCUCGUGGGUUACAUUGUCAGAUGGUACUGGAAGACUGUAUGUCAUUGCAACAGGUGAACGUGGAAAUAGUGCUUCUGAGAAAUGGGAGAUUAUGUUUAAUGAAGAGCUGGGGGAUCCCUUUAUUAUAGUUCACAGCAUCUCAUUGCUGAAACCUGAAGAACAUUCAAUAGCUACCCUACUUCUUCGAAUAGAGAAAGAGGAAUCGGAUUUCAAAGGAAGUGGUUUUUAUGUUUCUUUGGAGUGGGUCACUAUCAGUAAGAAAAAUAAAGAUAAUGAAAAAUAUGAAAUUACUAAGCGUGACAUUCUCCACGGGAAGUCAGUGCCACAUUACGCUGCUAUUGAGCCCAAUGGAAAUGGUCUGAUGAUUGUCUCCUACAAGUCUUUCAAAUUUGUUCAGGCUGGUCAUGAUCUUGAAGAAACUAUGGAAGAAGACAUGCCAGAGAAAAUCAAAGAACCUCUGUAUUACUGGCAACAGAGUGAAGACGAUUUGACAGUAACAGUGCGGCUUCCCGAAGACAGUACUAAGGAAGACGUUCAAGUACAAUUUUUGCCUGAUAACAUCAGCAUCAUGCUGAAGGGUCUCCAAAUUUUAGAAGGAAAACUAUUUUCAUCUGUUGAUCAUGAAAGCAGUACAUGGAUAAUUAAAGAGAAUAAUAGCUUGGAGAUUUCCUUGAUUAAGAAGAAUGAAGGACUCACAUGGCCAGAGCUAGUGGUUGGUGAUAAACAGGGGGAACUUUUAAGAGACGCAGCCCAGUGUGCUGUAAUUGCUGAGCGUUUGAUGCAUUUGACUUCUGAGGAACUGAAUCCAAAUCCAGAUAAAGAAAAACCUCCUUGUAAUGCUCAAGAGUUAGAAGAAUGUGAUAUUUUCUUUGAAGAGAGUUCUAGUUUAUGCAGAUUUGAUGGCAGUUCAUUGAAAACUACUCAUGUGGUGAAUCUUGGGAGCAACCAGUACCUUUUCUCUGUCAUAGUGGAUCCUAAAGAAAUGCCCUGCUUCUGUUUGCGCCAUGAUGUCGAUGCCCUUCUCUGGCAACCUCGCUCUGGCAAACAAGAUGAUAUGUGGGAACACAUAGCAACCUUCAAUGCUCUAGGUUACGUGCAAGCAUCAAAGAGAGACAAAAAAUUUUUUGCCUGUGCUCCAAAUUACUCCUAUGCUGCCCUUUGUGAGUGCCUUCGCCGAGUGUUCAUCUAUCGCCAGCCUGCUCCCAUGUCUACUGUGCUCUACAACAGAAAGGAAGGCAGGCAUGUAGGGCAGGUUGCUAAGCAGCAAGUAGCAAGCCUAGAGACCAAUGAUCCUAUUUUAGGCUUUCAGGCAACAAAUGAGAGAUUAUUCGUUCUCACGACCAAAAACCUCUUUUUAAUAAAAGUAAAUGCAGAGAAUUAACUUCUUCAACAUGUUAGCAGGCUAUAAUAGAAAGCAUUCAUUGGUACCUAGAGGAUUAAGCAGUUGUACUGUGUAACUUGUUACGUUUUCAUGUGUUAAAUAAAAAUAUCUUGAAUGAAUUUUUAUUUUUUAAAUGAUAUUAGAAAUAUAGUUAAAAGAUUAUGAUUCUGUAAAAGCUGUAAAAUGAAGCUACAGAUUUGGGAAAUAUUGGCUUCUAUAAAAAGCAUAAAGAUAGUAUUGGCUGGUAUAAUUGUUUUUAAAAUACAGAGGCUAGAAUCUUUUAUAUGAAACAUGUACAGUUUAGUGUUUAAAAAUAAAAAUAUUUAUCAUAUACUUAAUAUAUUUGUUCAUUGAUUAUAUUGUUAUAGUCUAUCGUCUAUCCCUAUAGAACAGGUUAGGUGAUAAUUAAAAUGUUCAAUAUUAUAAAUUCUAAAGUUAACAGAAUAAUUUAGUCUACAUAAAGGAGGAUUUGCAAGAGUAUAGCAGGCCAGCAUUUACUGAAAACCAGUAAUUGCUUUUCAAAUUAAUUGUAGCUUUAUUUGAUUUUUUAAAAUCUUUUCUGCCACAAAUAU